AUGCUGAGAUUAUAUUUCUUCAUCAGCUUGAUGUGCUUGGUGAGAUCAGACACAGAUGAAACAUGUUCUUCAUUCACCCGACUGGGCUUCCACAGUGCAGUGGUUGGCACUGGACUCCGUGUAAAGUUGCUGCUCUACACAAAGAGAGACCCGACCUGCGCACAACUCAUCAACUCCACCGCUUUGGGGAACUUGAACGUGACCAAGAAAACCACCUUCAUUAUCCAUGGAUUCAGGCCAACCGGCUCCCCUCCCGUUUGGAUAGGGGACUUAGUAGAGGGCUUGCUCUUCGUAGAGGACAUGAACGUGAUUGUGGUUGAUUGGAAUCGAGGAGCUACAACUAUACUAUACAACCAUGCUGCUGAUAAGUGCAGAAAAGUAGCAACAGUCUUGAAGAAAUUUAUCGAUCACAUGUUGGCAAAAGGAGCGUCUCUUGACGACAUUUACAUGAUUGGAGUGAGUCUAGGAGCCCACAUAUCUGGGUUUGUUGGAGAGGCGUACAAUGGGAAGCUGGGGAGAAUCACAGGCCUAGACCCCGCUGGCCCUUUAUUCAACGGAAAACCGCCCGAAGACAGAUUAGAUCCCAGCGAUGCACAGUUCGUGGACGUCAUCCAUUCCGACAUUGAUGCACUGGGCUACAAGGAGCCAUUAGGAAACAUAGACUUCUAUCCAAAUGGAGGAUUGGAUCAACCUGGUUGCCCAAAAACAAUAUUUGGAGGAAUGCAGUACUUUAAGUGUGACCACCAGAAGUCUGUGUUCCUGUACCUCUCUUCCCUGAGAGAGAACUGCACGGUCACCGCAUAUCCCUGCGACUCCUACAGGGAUUACAGGAAUGGCAAGUGUGUCAGCUGUGGCAUACCACAAAAGGAGUCCUGUCCACUCCUGGGCUAUUAUGCUGAUAAUUGGAAAGACUACUUAACGGAGAAAGAUCCUCCAAUGACUAAAGCAUACUUUGACACAGCUGAGGAGAAACCGUUCUGCAUAUAUCAUUACUUUGUGGAUAUUAUAACUUGGAACAAGAACAUAAGAAGAGGGUCCAUUACAAUCAGAUUGAAAGACAAAGCUGGAACUACCACAGAAUCCAAAAUCGAUCAUGAACCUGCAACAUUCCAGAAAUACCACCAAGUGAGUCUGCUUGCAAGGUUUAGUCAAGAUCUGGACAAAGUGGCAGCCAUUUCGCUGGUGUUCUCCACAGGAUCUGUAGUAGGUCCGAGGUACAAGCUCAGGAUUCUCCGGAUGAAGUUAAGGUCACUCACCCAUCCAGAGAGGCCCCAGUUGUGUCGGUAUGACCUUGUUCUGAUGGAAAACAUUGAAACAGUCUUCCAACCUAUUCUCUGCCCAAAGUUGCAGUUGUAA